GUUCAAAUGUCACCCAUGGGGUGGAAGAAGGUCGCGGUGCUGGCGCUGCUUGCAGUUCAUGGCGUCGUCACAGAGACCCUUCCUUCGACGAUUCAAGAUGGAGAGCAAGGUACAUGCUCCGUGAAUGAUGCAGGGGCGUCAUCUUGCCAGAGACCUUCACGUCCCUUGAGUCUCUUGGUCGGCGUCGGAUGCAAGCCCAAGAAGCUCGAGUACGUCUCCAAGGCCAAGAACAGCAACACAGCAAAAAACUGCGGGGAAGAUGCGUAUUACGUUGUUGGGGACGCCAGCGCUCACCGGUAUGCAAGUGUCGGUGUUGCUGACGGGGUUGGUGGAUGGCAAGAAAGUGGUGUCGAUCCAUCGGCGUUCUCGCUCGCUCUCGUCGACGGCGCGAAGGAAUCGUUCUCACGAGUAGUAUCGUCCAACGACCAGCCUCAUCCACGAGAAAUGCUGGAGGAUGCUUUGGUCCACGUCAAAUCUGGUGGCGACAAGAACCCCGGGGGGUCCACGGCCGUGUUCCUCGUUUUGGAUCGAUACUCGGGCGCUCUCGAGACGGCCAACUUGGGGGAUUCCGGGUACCUCGUCAUUCGGAAUGGCGCCAAGCAUUUCCGAAGCGUGGAACAGACAUGGGCCUUCAACGCGCCCUUCCAACUGUCGUUGUAUCCAACUUGGAUGCGGGGCGAAGGCGACCACUACCUGCCCAAGGACGCGUUCGUCACGACGCAUACGUUGCAGCAUGGGGAUAUCGUGAUUGUGGGAUCCGAUGGACUGUUUGAUAACGUGUUUGACGACGAGAUUUUGGCAGAAGCAGACAAGUUUGUCGGCCGCGUCCUUCUAGCACACCCAGAGUUCGCCACAGUGGACGAGGAGAAACCACUUCAACCGGACGCCGCGGCAGCAGUCAAGAAGGCCAUGAUGGACCUGUCGUAUUCGCUCACGUUGAUGGCGAAUGCAUUUGCGCACGACAAAACCCGCGAGUCGCCGUUCUCCAAGCUCGCAAGGGAAGGAUACGGGUACACCUUUCAAGGCGGGAAAGUGGAUGACACGACCGUGGUCGCCGUGUAUGUGCAUACGCAAGCCCGCGAAUAAUAUGUCCACCCUGUGAAUAACCCAGACUUGCAUGCCGUCAUGUGCUCCAACACAACACCGUCAUUAACGCAACUACUUGUUCAUAAAGCAGGACCCCUCACAUCAUUUCGACUUCAUCGUCCCCCUCGUCGUCGUCGUUGCUGUUGGUAGUGUUGUCGAAGAGCACUCUUUGAACUUGUUGUUUGCGCCCGAGGAGUGCAAGCGCCCGUCGGAUUUCCCGCGCUUCUUCUUCGAGUUCGUUUGCCGACCACCGCAGCUGCGUGCAGUACGUGUUGAGCUCCGUCACGUACGUCUGCACACUAUCCCAAUGCGCGACGUCCUCCACGGUACUCGUGGACGCAGCUGCCGUCGGCGUAUCCGACAUGGCAUGGGUCGUCGCCACGGUAGGUGCACUCAUCACUUGCCGAAAAUUUGGAUAUGUAAAAAUGCGC